AUUAAAAAAAUUUCCAAUAACAUUUUUUUUAUUAUAUUAAUUUCUGGGUCUUUAAUUACUAUUUCAGCUAACUCUUGAUUAGGGGCAUGAAUAGGAUUAGAAAUUAAUUUACUUUCAUUUAUUCCCUUAAUAAAUGAAAGUAAAAAAAAUCUAAUAACUUCAGAAAGUAGAUUAAAAUAUUUUUUAGUUCAAGCCUUUGCUUCUUCAAUUUUAUUAUUUGCUAUUAUUUUAAUAAUAAUAUUUUUUAAUAGAAAUUGAAUAAUAAAUAAUAAUUUUAAUAAUUUAUUAGUUUUAUCAACAUUAUUAUUAAAAAGAGGAGCAGCCCCCUUUCAUUUUUGAUUUCCUGGAGUAAUAGAAGGAUUAUCUUGAAUUAAUGGAUUAAUCCUUAUAACUUGACAAAAAAUUGCCCCAUUAAUAUUAAUUUCUUAUAAUUUAAAUUAUAAUUUUUUUCUAUUUACUAUUUUAUUUUCUAUAAUUAUUGGGGCAUUUGGGGGAUUAAAUCAAACCUCCUUACGUAAAUUAAUAGCUUUUUCUUCUAUUAAUCAUUUAGGAUGAAUGCUUUUAGCUAUAAUAAAUAAUGAAUUAUUAUGAAUAACAUAUUUUAUUUUAUAUUCAAUUUUAUCAAUUUCAAUUAUUUUAAUAUUUAAUAAUUUUAAAUUAUUUCAUUUUAAUCAAAUUUUUAAUUUAUCUAUAAUAAAUCCUUAUAUAAAAUUUUUUAUAUUUUUAAAUUUAUUAUCAUUAGGAGGAUUACCUCCUUUUUUAGGAUUUUUACCUAAAUGAUUGGUCAUUCAAAAUUUAGUAGAAAUAAAUCAAAUAUUUAUUUUAUUUAUUGCUGUUUGUUUAACAUUAGUAACUCUUUAUUAUUAUUUACGAAUAUCUUAUAGUAUUUAUAUAUUAAAUUAUAAUAAAAAUUCUUGAUUAUUAAUUAAUCAACAUAAUAAUAAUAAUUUAACAUUAAUUUUAACUAUAAAUUUUAUUUCUAUUAUAGGAUUAUUAAUAAUUUCAUUAAUUUUUAUAAUUUUAUAA